AUGUCUGAAGAAACUAAUAGUAAAAAACGAAAGAUAUCUGAAGAUAAUGGCACAGAUUUACCCGAACCCACAUCGAAAACUAUGCACAUCCAGUGUCCAUACUUAGAUACUAUCAAUAGACAUGUCCUGGAUUUUGAUUUUGAGAAGCUCUGUUCAGUUUCAUUAACAAGGAUCAAUGUUUAUGCUUGUCUUGUUUGUGGCAAAUACUUCCAGGGAAGAGGUACAAAUACACAUGCUUACACUCAUUCAGUCGCGGAUGGUCAUCAUGUCUUCCUCAAUCUUCACACACUGAAGUUCUACUGUCUCCCUGAUAACUAUGAAGUUAUAGAUUCAUCUCUAAAUGACAUAAAGUAUGUUUUGAACCCAAUCUUCACACUGGAGCAGAUAAAGCAAUUGGAUUACAACACCAAGAUGUCCAGAGCUAUCGACAGUACUAUGUACAUGCCAGGAAUAGUUGGCCUUAAUAAUAUCAAGGCAAAUGACUAUUGCAAUGUUAUUCUCCAGUGUCUAUCACAAGUACGUCCACUACGUAACUACUUCUUGCGUGAAGAGAACUACGCUAAUGUAAAGCGACCACCAGGCGACUCCUCAUUCCUCUUGGUGCAAAGAUUUGGCGAACUUCUGCGAAAGUUGUGGAAUCCGCGAGCAUUCAAAGCUCACGUAUCACCUCAUGAAAUGCUCCAAGCAGUGGUAUUGUGGUCAAAAAAGAGAUUCCAGUUCAUCAAACAAAGUGAUCCCAUCGACUUUUUAUCAUGGUUUUUGAAUUCCCUGCACAUGGCUCUUAAUGGGACUAAGAAACCAAAUAGUUCUAUUAUAUACAAAUCGUUUCUGGGACACAUGAGGAUAUAUACCAGGAAGCUACCACCAACGGACGCAGAUGAUGCUGCAAAAGUGGACUUGAGCAGUGAGGAGUACAGCGAAAUGAUUACGGAGUCUCCUUUCCUAUAUCUGACGUGUGACCUGCCCCCCACGCCACUCUUCACUGAUGAAUUUAGAGAAAAUAUUAUCCCACAGGUGAACCUUUACCAACUACUUUCCAAGUUCAAUGGGCAGACAUCAAAAGAGUACAAAACUUAUAAAGAAAAUUUCCUAAAAAGGUUUGAGAUCACACAGUUGCCACCUUAUUUGAUUUUAUACAUCAAGAGGUUUACGAAAAAUACUUUCUUUGUCGAGAAGAAUCCAACCGUCGUCAAUUUCCCUGUUAAAAACGUAGACUUCGGUGAUAUAUUAACACCAGAAAUAAAAGCGAAACAUAAUGGGAAGACCAUCUACGAGUUAGUUGGCAACAUCGUACACGAUGGCACACCAGAAAAGGGAACCUACAGAGCACAUGUUCUUCAUAAACCUACACAGCAAUGGUAUGAAAUGCAAGACCUUCACGUGACCAGUAUACUACCUCAAAUGAUUACACUCACAGAGGCAUACAUUCAGAUUUAUGAACUAAAGCAGGACUGA